AAAAAAAAAAAAAAAAAAAAAAAAAAAAAAAAAGAAAAAAAAGAAAAGAAAAGAAAAGAAAAGAUCAUACUAAGUUGCUAUCCUUACAUGAGCGACUACUAGCUUACAUGGACGAACUCCUUGCUCAUUUGCCUGCCCAUCCUUAUUUUCAACCUCAUGACAUCCUGUUUGUUUCUUUUGUACAUGUACAAAGGUUUCGACCUGGACACGUUUGUUCAUUUCGGCGUGUGUGUCUUUCUCUUUCUUUUUCAUCUCCCGAUUUCAAUGUACAAAAUAGUUUUCUUUUUUUUGUGUCGUGUUUCAUUUACUUUACUUUUUCUUGGGGAUAGAGCUGGGGUAUGUUAUGUACAGUGCAUACCUACGUAGGGGCUGGUGUAUUUCUUACAUCUGUUCCCUAUGCACACACGUAUCUCAUAUUACUAUUCUCUCUCUUUUAGUUUUGUUUUGUAACUUUUUCUUAUUUAUAUUUUCUCAUAUGGCCGAGGUCGACUGUCCUGUGCUUCUGUGAGCUGUGAUUGGAGGUAGGGUUAGGUCAUGUAUGGAUCUACAGAAUUAUUGGGUUUCCUAAUUGUGCUUUUCCCGAAUGGGUGUAGAGAUGUCGCCUUUAUGUAUGCAAGAUCUGAUCUGCAGGAAUCUACGUCAUUGAAUUGGUUAUAGGUCAUAGAU